AUGUUGGCUUCCCGUCAGCUCCUGGGCGUUGCCCGGAGCCGCGCUCUCGGCAGCGCGAGCCUGGGCCUCCGGCGCAUGGCGACCGUGUCCGACUCUCCGUUGGACAAGAAGGUCCGGCAAAACAACUGGGAGGAGAACAACUUCAUCAACUACAAGAAGAUGUCUGAGAACCUUGCCAUUGUGAGGUCAAGGCUCAACCGCCCCCUCACCUACGCCGAGAAGAUCCUCUACUCCCACUUGGACAACCCGCACGACCAAGACAUCGAGCGCGGCGUCUCAUACCUGAAGCUCCGUCCCGACCGCGUUGCUUGCCAGGACGCCACCGCCCAGAUGGCCAUUCUCCAGUUCAUGUCCGCCGGGAUGCCCUCUGUCGCUAACCCUACCACCGUCCACUGCGACCACUUGAUCGAGGCCCAGAUUGGCGGUGCCAAGGAUCUUGAGCGUGCCGUUGGAAUUAACAAGGAGGUUUACGACUUCCUUGCUAGCGCCUGCGCUAAGUACAACAUUGGUUUCUGGAAGCCGGGCUCUGGUAUCAUUCAUCAGAUUCUGCUCGAGAACUACGCUUUCCCCGGUGGUCUCCUUAUCGGCACUGACUCCCAUACCCCUAACGCUGGUGGUCUUUCUAUGGCUGCCAUUGGUGUCGGCGGUGCUGAUGCUGUCGAUGUCAUGGCCAACCUCCCUUGGGAGCUGAAGGCCCCCAAGGUUAUCGGUGUCAAGUUGACGGGCCAGUUGUCUGGCUGGACUGCCCCCAAGGACAUCAUCCUCAAGGUCGCCGGUAUUCUGACUGUGAAGGGCGGUACUGGUGCCAUCGUUGAGUACCACGGCCCUGGUGUCGACACCAUCUCUGCCACUGGCAUGGGUACCAUCUGCAACAUGGGUGCUGAGAUCGGCGCUACCACCUCGCUUUUCCCUUUCAACGACCGCAUGUACGACUACCUCGCCGCGACUAAGCGCAAGGACAUUGGUGACUUUGCUCGCUCGUACGCCAAGGAACUGCGCGAGGACGAGGGUGCUGAGUACGACCAGCUGAUCGAGAUCAACCUGUCGGAGCUUGAGCCCCAUAUCAACGGCCCCUUCACCCCUGAUCUUGCGACCCCCAUCUCCAAGUUCUCCGAAGCCGUCAAGGCAAACAACUGGCCCGAGGAGCUUAAGGUCGGGCUCAUUGGCUCUUGCACCAACUCUUCCUACGAGGACAUGUCGCGCGCUGCCGCGAUUGCCCGCGAUGCCCUCAACCACGGCAUCAAGACCAAGUCCGAGUUCUUCGUCACCCCUGGAUCCGAGCAGAUCCGCGCCACCAUUGCGCGCGACGGCCAGCUCAAGACCUUUGAGGAGUUUGGUGGUGUUGUCCUUGCUAACGCCUGCGGCCCCUGCAUCGGUCAGUGGGACCGCCAGGACGUGAAGAAGGGCGAGGCCAACUCCAUCAUCUCCUCGUACAACCGUAACUUCACCGGCCGCAACGAUGGCAACCCUGCCACCCACUCUUUCGUCACCUCUCCCGACCUGGUUGUCGCCAUGACCGUCGCCGGCUCCCUCCACUUCAACCCUCUUACCGACAAGCUCAAGGACAAGGACGGUAACGAGUUCCUGCUUGCCCCCCCUACCGGUGACUCGCUACCCAAUGGCGGCUACGACCCGGGCCAGGACACCUACCAAGCCCCCCCUAAGGACCGCGCCACUGUGAACGUCCAGGUUUCUCCCAGCUCCGACCGUCUUCAAAUCCUCUCGCCUUUCAACGCCUGGGAUGGCAAGGACGCCACUGACCUUCCGGUCCUGAUCAAGGCCCAGGGCAAGACCACUACCGACCACAUCUCCAUGGCCGGCCCGUGGCUCAAGUACCGUGGCCACCUUGACAACAUCUCCAACAACAUGUUGAUUGGUGCUAUCAACGCCGCCAAUGGUGAAGCCAACAAGGUCAAGAACCAGACCAACGAGACCUGGGACGCCGUCCCGGCCGUUGCCCGUGACUACAAGGCCAAGGGCAUCCGGUGGGUUGUUAUCGGUGACUGGAACUACGGCGAGGGCUCUUCUCGCGAGCACGCCGCCCUCGAACCCCGUCACUUGGGUGGCCUCGCCAUCAUCACUCGGUCGUUUGCCCGUAUCCACGAGACCAACCUGAAGAAGCAGGGUAUGCUUCCCCUCACCUUCUCGGACCCUGCCGACUACGACAAGAUCCAGCCCGAUGACAAGGUCGACAUCCUUGCCACCGAGCUUGCCGUUGGCAAGCCCAUCACCCUCCGCGUGCACCCCAAGUCCGGCUCGACCUUUGACAUCAAGCUUUCGCACACCUUCAACGCCGGCCAGAUUGAGUGGUUCAAGAACGGAAGCGCGCUCAACACCAUGGCUAAGAACGCCAAGAAAUAG